GUCCGCCGCGAUAGCCAUGCUAAUUCUCGAAGGAACGGUAGUCUCUCUAUACAACGAUGCAGCUUCUUUAAGGCAAUACAGCCGGAUGUACAGCCGGAUGAGACCACACAAAGAUUUCCCGAACCCUGUGUGUGACCACAUCGUUCGGCGCCUCGUUGGCAUUCAGUAUUGCUAGACCCAUCAAGCAGUCCUUCUGCAAGGUCAACGCGAUGAUUCUUCUCAUCGACCAAGUCCACCGCUAUGAGUCUUUCAAUAAAAUAAGGACUGAUACGAGCCAAUAAUGGAUGGGUUGAAGCGUACAUAGAAAUUGUGCCAUGGUUCAAUGAGUCGUUGUCGAAGUGCUGAGAACAGCAACCAUGUAGUAGUCGUUAUAAGUCUCUGAGAUGGAGAGGCUUCUCCCCUUCCAGGGAAUCUAUCUCGUCCAGACUCCUGGAAACGAGUCUUUAAAAUGACAGCUCACAUACUUACAUCCGUUUCUGAGAGCCUUGUCUGCCUGCAGCCAUGGAUGCGCGAAAAGCAUGAUCUUGCCGCGGAUAUCUUAUCCCGGCAGCAAAGCAGCAUUCCUCGGCCACCCCCGGGGUAUCCCAACUUUAUUGAUGGUCCAAUGAACUGGUCUGGACAUGAAGCUGAUAAGAUGCAGCUUCGUGUCCUCGAGCUCACUGCGUCGGAUGUAACCGAAAUAGGGGAAGGCUUACAAUUCUUCCACAAACUUGAAUUAGAUGGGGUCGAGGCAACUCGGGAACAUUUUCCCCUUCGAAACCUUCGGAAUCGACUCGAACAAUGUGCCCUCGAAGUUCAUCGUGGCACAGGAGUAUGCAUUAUUCGUGGGCUGAAUUCGAAAGACUAUACCAUCGAAGACAAUAUAGUUCUCUUCCUUGCUCUUGCUAGUUAUGUUGGCGAUCAAAGAGGUUUACAGAGCUCUAAGGGUGACAUGCUCUCACACGUCACCGAGGCUAAGAUGUGGACUAUAUCUAAGGAAAAACGCCACGGAAUUCAUACCAGUGAUAGUUUGCCCUUUCAUAAUGACAUGGGAUGCGAGGUCCUAUCCCUCCAAGUCCGUGGCCUGGCUGAUGCAGGCGGGCGUACCUGCGUGGCAUCUAUGGCCGCCAUUUACAAUGAAUUGAUACAGUCAAGCCCCUGGGUUUUACAUACUCUAGCCAAACACGACUGGCCAAUUCAAACUAGCAACUCGCGAAAAAAGCCACGAUACGUUUUAUGCCCUCUUCUAAAGUUCCAUGCCGAUAAUCUAUUAAUUUCGAUGGAUCCUGCUCGCAUUGGGCCACACCCUAAGGACUACAACAGUUCGAUUCCACACAUGACACCUAGACAGAAGGAUGCCCUCGCGGUACUCCAGGCGACAGCUCAGAAGCAUCAGAUACGACUAGAGACUCAGGUCGGGGACCUUGUAUUUAUCAAUAACCUAGGACUCCUACACGCCCGCGAGUCAUACAAAGACGGCUAUUGCUCCAGACAUUUAGUUAGACUUUGGCUUCGAAAUACACGGCUAGGGUGGGCGAUCCCCCCCAGCAUGAAAAUGCCAUGGGAUGCCUCAUUUGGAGACGGAGCUAAGAAGGUGGUUAGGAGGUAUUAUCCUAUUGUGCCAAUGCCUGAAUACAUGGAAAGCAAGUACUCGAACGGCACGGCGGCAUUUGUGGCCGAGGGUGAUUCAGACGACGACGAGGUUACUACUCAGUACGAGAUCAAUGAUAUAAGUCCAGAGUCCGACGAGGCCGCUUAGGUUAAGGUUCUGAGGUGUGAGUGUUUUGGUCUAGAAAUUCUUAUAGAUGAACUCCUUAUAGACAUGUCAGCGUAUUCCCUCGG